UCAGUUUUUACAGUGUGGUUGACCCUGCAAUGAGGUGAGGUGUAUGUCAUUCUUAGAAAAGGUGUUACUCUAGUUGUACAGUGCUUUUCCACUUGCCGUCAAACAAUACAACCAUUUAUUGGCUUGUACAGGAUAUUUGAAAGAGGCUCGGCAUGUUCCUAAAAUUAUGUAAAUGAAGUUUUACAUAAACAAAGUGGUAAAAAGCCACUGUUUUGUUUAUGUGAGGUUUGUAUUUCCUAGAAGAAAAAAUGCAAAUGCCCCUUCCUAGGAAUUUAUAGAAUUUUUAAGUUUACUAAACAGCUGUUAGUUUGCGAUACAACAUUGGACAGUGGACACUGGAUUCUUUUUUUAGAGGAUUAUCAAUGCAAAGCAAAAAGAACAUAAUCCUUCAUUUGGCUGUGCUGCAGCUGAUGAUAAUCAUAAGUAAUGUAGCAAUCACCAAAUCUCAAGGACAUUGGUAUUGCCCUCCUUCAGCAAACACGAGCAACUGCAUAAAUUCUAACAGUUAUGUGGACUGUCAUGGACAAAAUGUCUCCUGCAAGGCCUAUUCCUGCACCCCUCAGAGUCCCGGCUGCUCCUGCAUGAUCGGAUCCUACAACUGCAGCAGCAAUUGCAGCUAUGAAGCUUCUCCAAAAGUCUGUAGUUGCAAUGCAGAUAAUUGCCACUGCCUGAACGAUAUGAUUAAUUCUCCAAACAGCUUGCAAAAGCAGACAACUGCAGAAAACAUAAUGAAUUUUGUUGACCAGAUCGCAAAUAUGACAGGUCUGAUGUCUGCGGAAGCGGCGGAAAACUAUUUGAAGACUGUUGAUGACACCCAGGAAAAGGUUUCAGAUUUGGUCAGAGAUGAAGAUAAAAGUAAACUGGUGUCAUAUGGAAACAGUUAUCUGAACGCCUUCGAGAGCCUGGUGUCUGCACUGGUGAAGCCAACAGAAACUCACAACUUGCUGAACAUUAGUCUCGACAAUACAGAGGUGAGAGUUCUUGCAGUUGGACCAAAUGCAUCUGAAAAAAAUAUUCCUUCAGUCAGUACGGAAAAGGCUAUUAUGGAUAUUAACAUUUUUGAAAUUGCCAAGAGCAGCCCUUCAGGAUCAGCUGCUGUGGCUUUCAUGAGCUACAAGAUGAUUGAGAAUCUACUGAAGCCAGACUUCUUUAACACAUCAAAUGACACGAUUAAAACCAUGAUGUCCACUGUGAUCUCAGCUACUCUCCUCCAAACCAACAACACUAAACUCACCAAACCAGUCAUCUUCACCUUCAGACACAUCAGAGAGUUUGAUCCCAGUGGUUCUCUUUCCUGUGUGUACUGGAAUAUCAGCGAGUGGAUUGUAGAUGGUUGUUCUGUUUUAGAGACCAACAGCAGCUACACUGUGUGUUCCUGUGUUCAUCUGUCCACAUUCGCUAUCAUCAUGCAAACCAGCCGCCCAACAGAGAGCAACUUACUGCUGGAACUGUUGAAUUCGGUGUGUGUGAUCGUGGGGCUGGUGUUCUUCAGUUUGGCCCUGUUGACCUUUGCCCUUUGUCAGUGGAGUCCUGGAGUGAAUAAUGUGGCUCGAAUCAACAUCUGCAUCAGUCUUCUGCUGGCUCACCUUCUGUUCCUGCUCAGAGGGAAGUUUCUGAGCCUCAUACGGCCUCAGCAGGUGUUGUGUGCCGUGAUCGCAGGCCUUCUGCACUUCCUCUUUCUCUCCGCCUUUGUGUGGAUGUUCAUUGAAGUUGUGCUGCUCUUCAUCUGUGUGAAGAACCUAUCACAGAUCAGCUCCAAAAAGAAGGAGGUGCUUAACAGUGGAUUCCUGUGUGUGAUUGGAUAUGUGGUUGCUCUGGUUGUGGUGUGUGUGUCUGUCGGUCUGGUUCCUGAAGGAUACGGCAGUGAACAUUGCUGGAUUAAACAUGAUAAAGGUUUUAUCUGGAGUUUUCUGGGUCCUGUGUGUGUCAUACUAGCAUUAAACAUGAUUCUCUUCAUCAAGAUUGUUAUCACUCUGAACUCAACUCUCAAAACACUGAAUGCUGAGGUUUCACAGAUGAAACAAUCCAAGGUUAUGGUGUUUAAAACACUGGCUCAGUUUGUGGUUCUUGGUUGCCCCUGGAUUCUGGGUUUCUUCACUAAUGGCAGUAUGGUGCUGGAGAUCCUCUUCCUGAUCUUGAACUCCCAGCAGGGAACCUUCAUCUUCCUGAUCUACUGUGUUCUCAAUAAUGAGGGGGUCAGGCAGCAGUACAGGAAGUUCUUCAGAUGUCUUUGCUGUGGACGCAAAAAACUCUGA